AUGGCGCCAAGCAACUCAAAGUCGUCAAAAGGAAAGGGCUCUUCCUCCAAGUCCGGAGCUGGAGGCAAGUCCGGAUCUGGUGGCAGGUCGGCCUCGGCCGGCGUGUCCAAGCCAUCCAAGCCCAAGGGCCCUUCCAAGGCACAGCAGGUCAAGGAAAAGAACAUUCUUGCCAUGUUCAAGAAGCCCAAGAAGAAGACAUACACGGAUGCCGAACUCGGAAUCCCUACCUUGAACAUGAUUACACCUGUUGGAGUUGUCAAGCCCAAGGGCAAGAAGAAGGGCAAGAUUUUUGUCGACGAUAAGGAGAGCAUGAGUACGAUUCUAUCCAUUGUCCAAGCCGAAAAGGAUGGUCAGAUUGAGUCCAAGAUGAUCAAGGCCCGUCAGAUGGAAGAGAUCCGUGAAGCCCGUCGCGUCGAAACCGAGAAGAAGGAACAGGAAAAGAAAGACCGACUUGAAGACACAAAACAGUCUUUGCGCAAGAAGCGCAAGAGAAAGGGUGAAGACGACGAGGAUGGCGACACCGUCAAGAGCUACGCUUCGACCGGCAGCAAAGCAACCAAGGCCAAGUCUUCUAAGAAGCGUGUCUCCUUUGCUUAA